GUGCGCGCGCGUUUGUAGCAAGGGGUCCGGUAAUGUAUAAAAACAGCAACCGCAUCUUAGAUCUGUCGUGAACGACAUCUUUUGCACAUCGAUAUUGUGUGCGUUCUCUUUAGCAAAAAGAUAAAUCGGUCUUUAAAAAAAGUGUGUUACUAUGAUCUGUAAGACGUCAAUGAGCUUGCUCGCUAUAGCAUUUCUUUUCUUAAUUCUUGUUUCGGAUGGUGAAGCUCAGAUAACUUUUUCUACCGGAUGGGGAAAAAGAAAUCAGGAUAUGCGAAUUAGAUCGAGUAACACAAAUUGUUUGUUACAAGAUGCAUCGUUGGAUCAAUUGUUAAAAUUAUAUUCGUUCAUUCAGAUCGAAGCUCGGAGGAUUUUGGAUUGUCAAAUCUUGAACAAAUAAACUCCAGGAAAAUGUCAUUGAUCUUAUCAACCGGACUUGUGUGCCAGACUAUUGUUAAUCUGAAUUAAGAGAGAGUUAAUUAUAUUUGGAUAAUAGGAUCUCCACAUUUCUUAUAAUUCUCUUUCUAAUAUCUCGAACGACACGUUUACAAAUGCUACGCAUUUUGUACGAUAUUCGAAAUUUCUCUGUGAAAAUAUAAGAGUAUUUGAAAUUUUUAAUUAUUAUUAUUUUUAUCUGCUUGCUUUAUGCUUUAUACAUAAAAUGUAGUGUGAGGUAAUAUUGAGAGUAACAAUUGAAUACUGAAGCUGGUCUUCUUCGAGAACAUUCACUACUGUGGAUUAGUUAUGAAUGUUGCAUUCCUACAAAUCAAACAGUAAACCAUUAAUUGUACCAUUAAUUGUAUUCUGAGAAUGGACUGAUAAUAAACCGAUAUUAAAUA